UUGUUGUUAGGUGUUAUCUUGUCGAUGCGGCGUCUGGUUAAUGGCGGUUCGCGAAGUGUUUUAGAAUAUUAUUAUUAUUGAUAAUUAUUCAGUUUAUUGAAUCGAAGGUGUACUAGAUUAUCAUUUUUCUUAACUCUCGUCUCUCGAAUUGUGUACAAAUUAUGCGAUCACCGUUGAUAACUUACUCGAGUGCGAGGUGAUGACUGUGAUGAGUGAUGUGUUCGGUAUUCGUGUCUGUGUCUGAAGCGUCUGGCUCUGGCGCGUAGGCCUUUUUCAUGAAUGUUUUUAAUAUUCGUGAAUAGAUACGUGUAAAUGCAAAAAUUAUCCGUGUGUGUGAUGUUUCGGUCAGAAUUUUGUACCAGUAUGGUGUAGUUUGACCUCAUUCGGAUGACAGAAUUUAGGGCUGCAGGCGGCCGUGACUAUUUAUGAUUAUUCGGAUGCUUAAAGAGCGGUGAUUGGGACGUGAUACAUUAUGGCAGACCAAGUGCAGGAGCCGAUUCAAAAUCACAAGGCUCCAGCGGACCAUUUACUCAAAAAUGUUGACUUAGGACCUCCUCAACAACCGCAAAAAAAGACGGAUGGAAAUACCGCUUUUUUACGUGCUGCUCGUUCAGGAAAUCUUGAAAAAGUGCUCGAGUUCAUUAACGCCAAUGUUGACAUCAAUACGUCCAACUCGAAUGGUCUGAAUGCUUUGCAUUUAGCAUCCAAAGAUGGCCAUGUCGAGGUAGCCGCCGAAUUACUGAAACGAGGAGCGAACGUCGAUGCUGCUACGAAAAAAGGAAACACAGCUUUGCAUAUUGCAUCUCUUGCUGGUCAAGAAGAAGUUGUGAAAUUAUUAAUCGAACAUGGUGCAUCGGUUAAUUUACAAAGUCAAAGCGGAUUCACUCCUUUGUAUAUGGCAGCCCAAGAAAAUCAUGAAAGGGUUGUCAGAUAUUUACUUAAUAAUGGAGCUAAUCAGAGUUUAGCAACAGAGGACGGAUUUACGCCACUUGCAGUGGCCAUGCAACAAGGACACGAUAAAGUAGUUACCGAAUUACUGGAGAACGAUACAAGAGGCAAGAUUAAAUUACCAGCGUUACACAUAGCAGCUAAGAAAGAUGACUGUAAGGCCGCAGCUUUACUUCUCCAAAGCGAACAUAAUCCUGAUAUUACGUCCAAGAGUGGAUUCACACCUUUACACAUUGCUUCUCAUUAUGGUAAUGAUGCCAUUGCUAGUCUUCUACUCGCCAAAGGUGCCGAUGUGAAUUAUGCCGCCAAGCAUAAUAUCACACCUCUUCAUGUGGCUGCUAAAUGGGGGAGAAAUAAUAUGGUGAUUUUAUUAUUGGAUAAAGGAGCCAGUAUUAUUGCUAAAACUCGAGAUGGCUUGACGCCUUUACAUUGUGCUGCUCGAUCCGGACACGAACAAGUUGUCGAUACUUUGCUACAGAGACACGCGCCUAUUACAGCGAAAACGAAAAAUGGUUUGGCUCCUCUUCACAUGGCAUCUCAAGGCGAUCACGUCGAAGCAGCUCGAGUCUUGCUGUCGCAUCGUGCUCCCGUCGACGAUGUAACAGUCGAUUAUCUGACCGCUCUUCAUGUAGCAUCUCACUGCGGACACGUUUCCGUCGCUAAAUUACUUUUAGACAGAAAAGCAGAUCCGAAUGCUAGAGCAUUGAAUGGAUUCACGCCUUUGCACAUUGCUUGUAAAAAGAACCGAGUCAAGAUCGUCGAAUUAUUGCUCAAACAUGGCGGCUCGAUCGAAGCUACGACCGAGUCGGGAUUGUCGCCGUUGCAUGUGGCCAGUUUCAUGGGAUGCAUGAAUAUCGUCAUUUACUUACUGCAGUGCGGAGCUAAUCCAGAUGUUUCGACUAUACGCGGAGAAACACCGUUGCAUUUAGCUUCCCGGGCUAAUCAAACUGAUAUUAUUCGAAUAUUAUUGAGAAAUGGAGCUCAAGUCGAUGCUAAAGCGAGGGAACAGCAAACUCCUCUUCAUAUCGCAGCUCGACUUGGAAAUACCGACAUCGUCAUGCUACUGUUGCAACACGGCGCAAAUGUAGAUUCAGUAACCAAAGAUUUAUACACAUCGUUGCACAUCGCCGCCAAAGAGGACCAAGAAGAGGUAGCUCAAGCUCUGCUCGAAAAUAACGCUUCAAUGACAGCCACCACUAAGAAAGGAUUCACUCCUUUGCAUUUAGCUGCCAAAUAUGGACGAUCUAGUAUCGCCACAUUAUUAUUACAACGCGGAGCUCCAGUCGACGCACAGGGAAAGAAUGGCGUCACUCCAUUACACGUCGCUAGUCAUUACGACCAUCAAGGUAUAGCUUUAUUGUUGCUGGAUAAAGGAGCAUCGCCUCACGCUACCGCUAAAAAUGGUCAUACGCCUUUACAUAUCGCUGCUAAGAAGAAUCAAAUGGAUAUAGCAGCCAUGUUAUUGGAAUACGGAGCUAAUGCCGGAGCUGAGUCGAAAGCCGGAUUUACACCUUUGCAUUUAUCUGCUCAAGAAGGGCACGUCGACAUGACUAAUUUACUGUUGGAACAUAAAGCCGAUGUUAAUCAUAGUUCUAAGAAUGGAUUGACUCCAUUACAUUUAUGCGCUCAAGAAGAUUGCGUCGACGUUGCUACAAUUUUGGUAAAGAAUGGCGCCGAUGUGAAUAAUGUGACCAAGGCCGGGUAUACUCCGUUGCAUAUUGCCAGUCAUUUUGGGCAGUUGAAUAUGGUUCGGUUCUUAUUAUCAAACAAGGCAAAAGUUGAUACUGCUACGUCGACCGGUUACACACCUUUGCACCAGGCUGCUCAGCAAGGAAAUUCGGCCAUCGUAGCCGUCUUAUUGGAUAAUGGAGCUUCACCUGACACCAAAAAUAACCAAGGACAAACUGCCUUGUGUAUCGCUCAAAAAUUGGGCUACAUCAGUGUGGUCGAAGUAUUGAAAAAUGUCACCGAUAACACCAAAGCUCCUCCCGUCGCAGCUGCCCCUACCGGCGACGAGAAAUACAAAGUUGUUGCGCCGGAGACGAUGCAAGAAAACUUCAUGUCCGAUUCGGAAGACGAAGGAGGAGACGAAGUGUAUAUGGCGGCAAAUGGCACGAUGAGUCGUAUGUGCGAUAGCACGUUGUAUUUGCAAUAUUACGAGAAAAACACGUUAUUUAUGCGCGAAGAUGCUACCAAUGAACAGUCGUACAGAUAUUUGACCAUCGAUGAGAUGAAGAGUCUUGGUGAUGAUUCCUUACCGAUUGAUACGUCCAAAGAAGAUAGAUACGAUACGACAGCAGGACACGAUGAAUCUAUCAGCCCUCAACACACCUACAAUCAGCUGAGCGCUGCUCCGGUGAUUGAUAACGUCGACGUGACCAGAGCCCCAGUCAUACAAACAGGGAAACUGAAAUGGAAGAGCUUCUUGGUGAGUUUUCUGGUCGAUGCCAAAGGUGGUGCAAUGCGUGGGUGUCGUCAUAGCGGAGUUCGCGUCAUAGUUCCACCUCAAUGCGUUACGAUGCCAACUCGAGUAACGUGUAGAUACAUUCGAAGAGAUAAACCAAAUCAUCCUCCGCCUCCGCCGCUGAUGGAGGGCGAAGCUUUAGCGAGUAGAAUACUAGAAUUGGGACCGGUUGGAGUUAAAUUCUUAGGCCCUGUUGUUAUAGAAGUACCUAAUUUUGCCGCCCUUAGAGCUAACGAACGAGAAAUUGUGAUAUUACGUUCGGAUAAUGGCGAAACGUGGAGAGAACAUACCGUAGAUUCGAGUAGUGAAGCUGUGCAUGAUAUUUUAUCGAGGAGUUUCGAUAAAGAUGGAAAUCAAAUCCAGUCCGACGAGCCGAAUCGUAUCACCUCCAUAGUAACGCACGAUUUCCCGCACUAUUUCGCCAUCGUGUCUCGUAUUCGUCAAGAAGUACACGCGAUUGGUCCAGAAGGCGGUAUGGUUUCGUCUUCGGUGGUACCUCAAGUUCAAGCAGUAUUCCCGCAAGGAGCUUUAACCAAAAAAAUCAAAGUCGGACUUCAGGCUCAACCUAUACCGUCCGAAUUGACGGCAGCCGUUUUGGGUAAUUGUGUCGCAGUUUCUCCUAUAGUAACGAUAGAGCCAAGACGUCGUAAAUUCCAUAAGCCGAUCACAUUGACGUUACCAGUUCCGCAGGCGGCCAAUAAAGGAAUGAUUAAUCAGUAUUCAGGCGAUGCUCCUACCCUAAGAUUACUUUGUAGUAUUACAGGAGGUACGUCACGUGCUCAGUGGGAAGAUGUUACCGGGUCUACGCCGUUGACGUUUGUCAAAGAGUGUGUCUCGUUUACUACGACCGUUUCGGCUCGGUUUUGGUUAAUGGAUAUUCGGGAUAUUGCGGUCGCCACGAAAAAAGCUACUGAGCUGUAUCGCGAAGCUAUUCAUAUUCCUUUUAUGGCCAAAUUCGUUGUAUUUGCUAAAAGAAUCGACAAUAACGAAGCUAGAUUAAGGGUAUUUUGUAUGACAGACGAUAAAGAAGAUAAAACGUUAGAAAAUCAGGAACAUUUCACCGAAGUGGCCAAGAGCCGCGAUGUUGAGGUUCUUGAAGGAAAGAAGCAACUAAUCGAAUUAAGCGGUAAUUUGAUCUCGGUGACGAAAUCGGGUGAUCAGCUCAAGCUUGGAUUUAACGCUUUCCAAGAAAAUCGACUACCGUUCACUAUUCGUAUCAAAGACAGCCUCGCAGAUCCAAUCGGUCGUAUGUUAUUUUUCAAAGAACAGAAGCCGGUUAAAACUAGUACCCCGCAUCCGCCUAUUUGCGUAUUAAAUAUCGUUCUUCCUGAUACCAUAAUUCCAGAUUCCGAAUUCGGAGAUUCGCCUAUUCGUAAAUAUAAUUUGUUAAAUGAUUCACAAGGUUACCAUCGUUCCGAAUUGAAGUUUUCGGAUAUUAGUAAUUUAAUCGGCGAAGACUGGGAAGCCCUGGCGGAGAAAUUAGGUAUACGUUCUUCCGAAUGUAAAGUGAUCAAAAUCGAAAAUCCAGAAGGUACUGCUAGACAAUCGUCCGUCAUGUUGAAACAAUGGAAUCAACGCGCCGGUACUAAAGCUACUGCUAACAUAUUAGAAUCAGCUUUGCUCAGUAUUGGAAGAGAAGAUAUUGUUCAAGAAUGCUUUUUAAAUACCAACCAAAAAAAUAAAUUACCCAAUGAAAACGGACUGAUUACGCAUAAGGCAGAAGAUAUUCGAGGAAGUAAAAAGGAUCCAUAUUCGACGGAUGACGACGAAAAAAAAUACACAGCCGAAGAAAAAAUAAUCGACGAAACCGAAUUGAAAAGCGUUUCGGAACGUAAGCAAGAAAUCGAAAAACGUUUACAGGAUGAGCAAAACAAUAAAAAAGAGAAUCUCAAAGAACGAAGUGAAAGCGAAGAGAGAAGACCAUUGUCGAGCAAGCAGUCGAGCGAAGACAGAGAAAUAAUUAAAAAUGUCGUUCACGAAGACAAAGAAACAUUCGAACCGGCCAAAAUGACUUUCCAACAGAAACGUUUGUCUUUCGAAAAAGGAUACUCGGUGGAUAAAAUCUUAUCCGAGGGUAUCGCAGCUGGCGAUACUGCUCAGUCUGUCGUCGAAGAGCAAGACAAAACCGUGAAACGAGAAAAGUCUGUUGACAAAGUUCAGUCUGUCCAAAAAGAGCCAACGCCGGAAAAAUCACCCGAAGACGUUAGCCAGAAACCACUCAAGAAAGAGAAAUCGGUCGAAAGUAAAAUUCCAGUUCAGAAGAAUAAGUCUGAUGAUAAAAUAGCUCAGAAAACCGACCAGAGAGAGAAAACACCGGAGGAUAAGAAACCUGCUCAGAAAGGUAAAUCUGUCGAAAAAUCAGCAUCCAAAGAUAAAGUUGAUAAAGUUUUGGAGAAAUCGCCAUCCAAGGAUAAAGUUGAUAAACCUUUGGAAAAAUCUGCGUCGAAAGACAAGGUUGAUAAGACUUUGGAAAAAUCCGCAUCUAAAGAUAAAGUCGAUAAAACUUUGGAAAAAUCUGCCUCGAAAGAUAAAGUUGACAAAUCCCUAGAAAAAUCUGCCUCAAAAGAUAAAGUCGAUAAACCUCUCGAAAAAUCAGCAUCAAAAGACAAAGUAAAUAAACCUCUCGAGAAAUCAGCAUCCAAAGACAAAGUCGAUAAAUCCCUUGAAAAAUCCGCCUCAAAAGAUAAAGUAGCUCAACCUCUUGAGAAAUCAGCAUCCAAAGAUAAGGUGAAUAAACCUCUCGAGAAAUCAGCAUCCAAAGACAAAGUCGAUAAAUCCCUCGAAAAAUCCUCUUCGAAAGAUAAAGUAGCUCAACCCCUCGAAAAAUCCUCUUCGAAGGAUAAAGUAGCUCAACCCCUCGAAAAAUCCUCAUCGAAAGAUAAAGUAGAAGAGAAAGUAUCUACCGUCGUAGAAAAACCAGUAGUCGAAGAAAAAGUUAAACCUACUGAAAAAGCCAAAUCAUCCGAUAAACAACCAUCCGAAGAUGGCGAAAAAUCAUCAACUUUCCAAGAAAAACGCUUAUCAUUCGAACAAAGUGACGGAUCUCCUUCAACGACUACAAUUUCUCAAACUACCGUGGUCACAACUAAAAUACCAAGUGAUGAGGCGAAAGCGCCCGAAACGAUAUCUAAAGUAACGACAACGACGACGACGACGACAACAGUUGAAAAACGAUCAGAUACAGAUGCUAGACGAGAUUCGGAGCUAUUCGAAGGAGUUUCUUUAGGAUUAGGCAAACUUGAAGCUAAACCGAUCCCUGCUGAACAAAAUUUCCUUUCACCAAAACCACUCAUGACACCACCACCUAGUCCGGCUGAAUUCAGCAAAGAAGGUUCCGAAGAAUGGCAUAAAACUGAUUCUCUCGAUAGCAACAGGAGUAAUAAAUCGGUUACUGACAUAGAAACACCAAGUGAAACACAGACUGUUACGCCGACUGAAUAUACAGGCAAUAAGCAACUCAGUACUGAAAGCGAUACAACGCGUUCAUUUUCACGAGAUUUAGAAACCGAUACUGUUGAUAAAGAGGAAAGUAUGGAUUAUGUAUCGAGAAAGAAAUUCUGGCAAUCAUUUGAAUCAGCAAGUGUCGAUAAAGUUUCUGGCACUGCUACUAGCUCGGCACCUGUACCUAAACCUAGGGCCAGUAUUUGUACUACAGGCGUGACCAUUGAGGAGGCACCAGUUGCCGCCAAACGUUCGACUGAGAAUAUUCGAUCCGGGUUUGUUGUAUCGAAAAGUGAAUCAAUGCAAGAACGAGUUUCUUCAGACACUGAACGUUUUAGUAGGCCGUCAAUGAAAAAAGUCCAUUCGUUGAUGUCAUAUAGCACAGACUCUGAGGCUGAAUACAUUGCCACUUGUGGUAUUGAGAAGUUAGCUUAUGAGAAUGUUGCAUUUAGCGAAGAAGACGAGUCAAUUUCUGAGGCAAAACCUGAGCCAGAAGUUGAAAGUGGUGUUAAAGCAAGAAAAAUGUUCUUUGAAAAGAUGCAAAGUAAUUCGAGCCAAGAAAGUAUUACUAGUCCACCUUCAAAGAAAGAUGAGAUUGCUGGAAUCGUAAAAACCAGCAUAGUCUCAACUGAAAAACAAAUAAAGAAGGAUUCUAGUCCAGAUAGUGUUCCCAGUCAGAUUUGUGAAACAGAUAAACAUGUUAGUCUUGUGAAGAGUGCAACUGCUUCAAUUGAAAAACGAAUUGAACAACCAGUAAAGAGGGAUUCUAGCCAAGAAAGUAUUACUAGUCCUCUGUCAAAAAAAGAUGAAAUAAUUUCUGGAGUUACAAAUGAAAAACCUCUGAAGAAAGACUCUAGUCUAGACAGUGUGUCAAGCACAUCAUCCAAAAAAGUUGAAAAUGUUGGGCUUGUAAAAAGUGCAACUGCUUCAAUUGAAAAACGAAUUGAACAACCAAUGAAGAGAGAUUCUAGUCAAGAAAGUGUUACUAGUCCUCUAUCAAAAAAAGAUGAAAUCAUUUCUGGAGUUACAGAUGAAAAACCUCUGAAGAAAGACUCUAGUCUAGACAGUGUGUCAAGCACAUCAUCCAAAAAAGUUGAAAAUGUUGGACUUGUAAAAAGUGCAACUGCUUCAAUUGAAAAACGAAUUGAACAACCAGUGAAGAGAGAUUCUAGUCAAGAAAGUGUUACUAGUCCUGUAUCGAAAAAAGAUGAGAUUUCUGGAGUUACCGCUGGAGCACCUCUAAAGACCAACUCUAGUUUAGAUGGUGCCUCAAGCACAUUGUCCAAAAAAGAUGGUCUUGUGAAGAGUGCAACUGCUUCAAUUGAAAAAAGAAUUGAACAACCAGUAAAAAGAGAUUCCAGUCAAGAAAAAGUUACUAGUCCACUAACUAAAAAAGAUGAAAUUAUAGGAGUUGCAUCUGAGAAACAAAUAAGAAAAGACUCUAGUCAAGAUAGCAUUAGUAGCACCCCAUCCAAAAAAGAUGACCAUGUUAGUUUAGUGAAAAGUGCAGCUGCUUCAAUUGAAAAACAAAUUGAGAAAGAACAAUCUACUACAGGGCUUGUGGAGAACACCACCAAGGUGAUCAAAACAGGUUCAAUUGAGAAGAUUGAAACUCCUGUUAAGAAAGAACCUAGUCAAGAAAGUAUUUCAAAUGUAUCCUUGAAAAAAGAUUCCCCUGUUAUACAUAUGGAGAGUGUUACUAGCAGUAUUGAACAAAUUAUUAAGCAAGAAUCCAGCAAAGAAAAUAUUACCAGUUUACCUUCUAAAAAAGAUGAAAUUGUGCACACAACUCCAACCACAAUUUUGUCAAAUCAAGAGAAUCUUGAACAACCUUUGAAGAAAGACAGUUUUGUAACUAGUGACAAAAAGGAAGAAGUAGUUAAGACAACUAUUGCAAAAGAACCUACAAAAACUAUUACUAAAAAAGAGGAUGUAGAAAUUACAACUUCUGAAAAAGUGGAACCUUCUGUCACAACUAAAGUAAAAGAAACUGUUGUCACAACUUCCUCAGCAUCCAAAAUAGAUGCACCAGUUGUUACAACUAAAGUUGAAGAAACAGUUGUCACUACUUCCCCUGAAGGAAAGCUUGUUACAACAAUCAUUAAAGAAGAAACAUCAACAGAAUCAAUUGAAAAACACCUUUCAUCAAAAAUAGAUGAGAAAAUUGUAUCCAUCCAUAAAGUCACUGAGCAACCUGUCAAAGGAGAUGUCAGUUUGAAGAAAGUCCCAUCAAAAGAUGAGUCUCUUAGCCAAGUUGAAACUACUGCAGUUAUAACUACUACAAAAACCUUUGAAGAACCUGUUAUAAAAGAUUCUUCCAAAGAAGUUGUCACCUGUGAGCAACUUGUUUGUUCUAUUCCAACAACUACAUUAAGUUCAACUACUGUCACUACUACUAGAACCCAAUCUAAGCCGUCAAUUGACAAAGACUCUAGUAUAGAGAGUGUAACUAGUGUAUCUUCGAAGCAAGGUGACCUUUCUAAUUUAAUCAAGAGUACUGUCACAACUUCAAUAAGUAUUACUGAAAAGUCAAUUAGUAAAGAUCCUAGCCUGGAUAGUGUGACAAGUUUAUCUUUUAAAGCAGAUGAACCUGCUGGAGUGAUUUCUGAGAAUUCUCAGUGUAAAGAUUCUAUUUGUGAUAGCUCAAGUCUGUCUUCCAAGAAAGAUAGACCCAUUGAAGCUACAGAUAUUGUGAAAUUAGAUACUCAGUCACCAUCCACUAUAGAAUCCAAGCCAAAUGGUAGUUUAGAUGAGAGCAUAGACAGUACUCAAUCUGAAUCUGAUAUAACUCCUGAAGAUCUGAGAGACAAACAGUUUAUCAUGCAGGAUUGGGAAAGUACCAGUGAACUGUUGGAAAACUUGGUUCAAGAUAGAACUAUACCAAUGGCUCAAUCAUCUGGCAUUGUUGUACAAGAGAUUUCUCAAAGUCAAAUCAGAUUCAGUGAUUCAGAACAGUAUAAACAUUUCAACAGUACUCCAGCAUUCAGUGAAGAUGAUUCAGAAUGUGAGGCUUUGAAAGAGGAGGCAAAAGCAGCUGCUGAAAAUCUGAUUAAUGAAAUUGAAGAAGAACUUGGUAAACGACCAGAUAUUGUAGAGUGUCUGCUGAAAAAUAAAAUUGAUGAGCUUGUAGAAGAGAUUGCCUCAUCAAGUAAUGAUAUCACAGAUGAAGAUCUCAAAAGUACAGGUACUGAAAUAGAUCUGCCAAUGCCAUAUGGCUUUGAAGACCCCACAUUAAUGAAAAUGAAAAUCAGCCAAGCUUCGCCAACUGAAUACGAAAUAAAAUUUGAACAAGUAGAGGAAUUCAAUGUCCUUGAAUCAGUUGAUUUUGAAGAGCCAAUCAUACCAGAUGAUAUGGAAAUUGGUGUACAAAGUGGUAGUGAAUCUUUAAUGAGCCUUAGUAAAAAAGAAGUAAUUAAACCAUCUAGAAUACCUAUCAGGAAUGGCGCCAAAUCAUCAGCAGAAUCUAAAAGUCCAGUUGUUCAAAGAAAAACUAGUGAAGAGGAUAAAUCCAGAACUAGUACAUCUCCAGAAUAUGUACAAGAUUUCAUAGAAAUCCGUCAGGCAAAACAUCAUCGGAAAUCUGGAGCUGAUUUUGAGCCAUGUUCUAGUUCCAGUGAAAGUCAUUACCAUUCUUUUGAACAUUCUGGAACUACAAGUAGACCUUUGUCAUCUGAUGUUGAAGGUCUACUGAGUGGAGGUGGUGUCCCAGGUACAACAGGCUCAUCUGAAUAUGAAACUGCUGCUUCCCACGAUACAUCUCAUGAUUUCCAUACUGCUAUGAGCUCAGCAUCUCUUCAUGAAUCAAUUAAAUCUAUUGAUUCGGAAAGUUCUGGUAAUUUAGGAAGUGCAGAAGUGUCCAGCGAGGUUUCAGAAACUCUUGUGGCCUCAUCUGCAGAACUAGAUCAUGAUAUUGAUCUACCGCCUUCUCAUUAUUAUGAUGAUAAUACCAGAAGAAGUGCGUAUAGAAGUUCUCCCAUUGAGCCUUAUGAUCAUGAUAUCCCAAUGGAGGUGAUUAAAGGUGUUAGCCAGAGUUUUGAUAUGAGCCAUCUUGAACCAUUUGCCAACUCGCAGAAAAAAUCAGUCGAGCCAGCACUUCAAGUUCGUUCUCAAAGUGCUAAAUUCAGAGAAGACUUGCAUGAAAUUGAUGAUAAACUGCUAUCUAGCUCUGAAGAUGUUAGUAUGUUCAGCUUGACUGAUGGUGGCACUAAUUUGCAAACUGUCAUUGAAGUCAAUAGUGCCGCUGAAUCUGAUAAAAUGGACAAUUCCAUCAUUUCAGAACAGAGUUUGACCAUCUCAGCCACCUCAAACCAGUUUAGUACCUCAUCAUCAGCUGAACUGAAAGAUGAAAUUGAAGGAGAUAAGAAACCAGGAGACUUGAAUUCUGUCCAAUCUACCCAAGAUCUAGUUACUAAAUCUAGUAGCAACGCUAGUGCUACCUGUGCCCAAAUAUCAUCGAGUAAAAUUGAUAAAAGCGAUAGCAAAGAUACAAUUUGCAGAGAUAUCUCCAUCGAUGAUAUACCAAAUAUCACCAUUCAGCAUUCGACACCCCCUCAGCAUCCUCCUGUGGCAGAUAUUGUUCAAGAAUCGCCUUCCAAAGACCCUUCUAUAUCUCCUGAUAGUGAAUCUUUUGAAUUAAUCGAACAGCCUGAUAUGAUGGAUGAUUUUGUGAUCAUUGAAGAGGUUGCUAAAGAGGCAUGUGAACAAGACCCUGAGGGGAAAAGCAUCAAGAUCACUGGAAAACGUCAAAUUGCCAUGAGUUACGAUGAUGAAAUUGUUAUUCCUCCUAAAACCUCUUCAACCCUCACUAGAAUCGAAUAUUAUGGCGGAGCAGAUGGUUGCGGAUUCCCUAUUGAAGGGGUUCCUGAAGUUGCCAGUAAACCUGCUGGUGAUGAAAAUGAUGUUUACGAACAUGAAGUUGAAGAAGGUAAAAAAUGGAUAGAGAUGCAGUUCCAAGCAGAUUCUGAAGAUGCUUCGGGGUACGAAUAUGGUUAUGAACGUGGUCCUCUUGAAGAUAUCAAAGAGGAAGAUACGGAUGAUAUGCAGAGUAGUAAAAUGGGCAGUGUUGGAAGCCAAAUUAGCCAAUCAAUUGGUAGUUUGGGUAGUAUGAAACAAUCCUUGAGUUCAACACCCGACUAUGACAUUCUGGCAGGUAAACGUUAUUUUGCCAACAAAUCUUCUGAUAAAGAUGACGUAUCGCAAGGUUCUUUGCAAGAAUUUGAAAGACUGGAACAACUGAUGACUUUGGAAUCAGUCAAGAACAAGUUAUCUGGAUCACAAGAUUCAUUGGGUAGUAACAACUCAACGAAUGGUGGUGGUAGCAAGAAACGAAGUGCUACUGGAGACGACGUCAGUGUAUCUUCACUGAACGAGUUUGAAGGCUUAGAGCAUGCUUGUUUGGAAGCUGAAAAAGUCAAAGAACGUGCUAGAAUCGAAGAACAUCUUCUAUCGCAAAUUGAAGAAGGACAUGAAAGUCAAGCAUCCGAGUCCGAAAGCUGUGAAACAUUAGAGAAGAGUUGCUACGAGUCUGAUAAUGAUGAAGAUUAUGAUCAGAAGAUGUUCGAGAUUGAUGAGAUAAUCAGACAAGCUCAAUCCAACGUUGAAAAGUUUGUCGAUGUCGAUCAGCUUGAACGAACUGAAUCUCUCGGACGAGGAGAUUCGUUCGAAGAAACUGCACGUAUACCAGAUUUUGAACUAGAUCAGCCCCUCACUGAGAACACACAUUCUUCAUCAGAUAUCUACAGUGGUAAAAAAUACAUCGAACAUUUCGAUCUGUCUCACUCACUUACCACCAGCACUGAUUCCCUAGAACCCAAAGGUAAACCCGGAGAUAUCCUUGUUACCAGUACCGAUUCACUGGAAGGUGGCCCCACUACAGCCACAACCAGUAAGAGCAAGAGCACUGUUAUCAGUGAUUCGCUCGAUGCCACAGAUAAUCGCGUCGAAUCACCUCGCAGUGCCUACGAUGCCGAUGAAGAACUGCAAAUCGGCGCCGGAGACGACUUUGACACUCGUCGGUUGUCUCCUCACCACUUGAUGCUCAGCAGCCCCGAUUCCCUGGACGCGACCAGCUCCGCUGGGACUCACGCUACAUAUCACAACGAAACAGAUUCGGCUAUGUCGAGUAGCUUCACCAGUGCUGGUUCCAAUACCAUGAUUUCCAGCACAGAAAACCUAGAAAACAUCGUUACCAAUUAUUCGAAUUGGCUCGACAGUAAUCCUUACAUGACCGAGGUUGCUUACAACGUUUCCGAUAAAAGCUACGUUACUACUGAACGAGUCGCUGAAUCAAGCAAUCAGCAACGAACCACCUCGUCGCAGGGUCAAGAUGCCAAGAAACUGUACGAAAAAGACAUGGCAGCCUUUCAACCCGGCGAAUACUACAGUGAAACUCGAGAAGUAGAUAGCGAUGGCAAUGUACAUAUUAAAAAAGUCGUCGAAAGUCGAGCCGUGGUCACGUCUGAGAAAGUACAAAGCAGUGAAAAAAUAAUCCUCGAUCCAGAACAGUAUCGUGGUCACGUAACCAAUACCGAUUUCACCACAGUAUCCUCUUCCUCCUCGCAUUUCGUUACUACUACCACUAGUACUACUACAGAAUCCUCUUCCGGAUUUAAGACAGAAUCAAAUGUUCGAGUAGAAAAGAAAGAAGUUUCCGGAGAAGGAUCUUCUGAUAAACCGAAAUCAUAGUUUCAGCGGACGACACUUUCGAUACCCACGAAGUCUACUUGUACCUUUUUAUUUAUGUAGAAAUGUGCUUUUUCUUUUCUAUUUAAAAACUUUUGUUUUAUUAAAUGUGAUACAUAUAUGAUUGCUUAUACUUUUUCCUUUCUUUCUCAUAUGUAUUUAUUGAAUAAUUCGAAAGGAAAAAAAAAUCCUCUAAAGAGAAAUUACUAUACAUACCUAUAAUAUGUACCUAUUUACCUAUUAUUGUGUAAACACAGACACGAAAAAUGAAGUUCAUGUAACUUACCUAUUAUAAUGUGUAAGAUUUUGAAUAUAAUAAUAAUGAUAAAAAUAAACUUAAGUUGAAAAAAGCCUGUCGUAUAACAGAGAAGGCGGCAUUUUACGCGCAUUUGUGUAUCAUACGAAACGAAUUUUACGAUUUUUUUUUUUUUUUGUUUAUAAUAAGCGUUGGUAUUUAAUACGAUCUGAUUUUAACUUUCAACAUUUCAUGUGUACGCUGUGUUUGUUAUUUAUUGAUUUAAUUCUCUAUAUAUUUCAAGAUUUUAGAUUUAAUUUUUUUUUCAACUCGCUAUUUCGGCUUUUAUACAAUUUUUUUUACAAUUAAUCACUACUUCUUCGUUUUUUUUUCUCUUCGCAUUCAUGUUGAAUAUUCACACCAAAAUGAUAAUUAUAAAACGAUUUACUUCGAUGUCAAGAAAGGGGGGAGGGAAGGAUAAUAAUUUUUAAUCACGGAAAUUUUUUCUUUAGGGGCCAAUGUCAAGACUUUAUUAAAAAAAUGUCUCUUUUGUUUCGUAAUGUGAUAAAAUUCUAGUUGGCGAAAACUAGACCGAGUAUCAAGUGGUGAAUUGUAUGUUAUAGGUACGAUGAUUUAAAGAAUUUUGAGAAGUGUAUUUUAUUCUGUUGAUAUAUUAUAAUGUAGAUAUCACCGAUAUUUUAUUUAUUUAGUCAAAGAUUGUUGUUCAUUGUCAGAAACCUUGUAUGCAUAAAUAAAUUUAAUAUAAUGCUUUGUU